AUGGUGCCAAUUAAAAGUGGUAAGAGUGAGAAGGAGGUGCAGCAGCUGCUUCUGAAGAGUGUCCAGUAUCUGGAGCGCUACAUGUAUCUGAUCCUCUUCAACAGCUACCUGCAUCUGGAGAAGAAAAACUCCUGGCAACGAUCCUUUACCACCUGGAUGCAACAGGUGGCAGCCAGGGCCGGGGUGUACGACCUUCUCAACCAGCUGGGUUUCUCUGAGUUUGAGAACCUUCGGGACACGCCACUUGCCAGGCUCCGCUGCCGCUGGCAACGACAGAACAUCCAAUCACGUCCCUUCAGGGGGGCGUUCAUCUGAGCUGAGAUCACUGUGAACUGCCAGACUCUGGCUGCUACUGAAAUGGUACUCUAUUCCCUAUAUAGUUCACUACUUUUGACCAGGGUCUUCUGCACUCUAAAGGGAUUAGGGUGCCAUUUUAUGCAACCUAUGUCCUCCUGCGCUUUUCUUUUUUUUAUACCUUUAAAAUGCAAUAAUGCUUUGUAUUUAAAAUGUAAUAAUGCCUUGUAUUUUACCCUCGUAUCACUCCGAUACUGUAUUAUUAUAAUACUGCUUUUUUCAAACCCACUACCAAUGUUAUUUAGUAUUUGAAUGAAUUUCUGUUUUAGUUCUGUCAGUUGGUAAUUCCUGGUUCUGAUGCGUCUGCUCUGACUGCCGCCAAGAUUCAAGGUGACAUUUUGUCUCAUUUGCUCUAUUGUUUCAUUGUUAAUAUAGGAGGAGAAUUCAUUCAUAUUUAGUCCUCUUUUUUUUAUUGAAAGAAAAGGGCGAGAACUGUCUUACUAGUAUGGGCCGUAUAGGUUUUAUCAAAGGAGGUGUAUAUUCACCUGGCAGAACAAACAGCUUAGGCAUUAGGGGUUGAAAUGAAGGGUUAAAGUAGGGUUACUUUUAGGGUUAGAAACAAGGGUUAUGUUAAGGUUAGUUUGAGGUAAGGGUUAGAGUUAGGGAAAGGCUUAAACUUUGGGUUAGCAGAACUCCACCUCCAUAAAUAUUCUGCCGGUUAAAUAGACACCGCCUUAAUCAGAAGACUUGUAUUUGUCUGUACUAGAAUGUAUUGGAAAGUUUCUCCAGUUUAAAAUAUAGUUGAAACUGCAGACGUUUAAAAUGACAGCUUCUUUGUUUAGAUUGAAUACAUUUCUGUUACUUUUAAUCAACAUACAGUAUCAGUGUCUCCAAGUCCACUCCCAAGUAUUCGUUUGCCAAACUGCUGUCGAUGCUGCCAAAGCUAAUCUUCUGCUCUGUGUUUUACUGCUGUUUGCAUGUGCCUCGGUCCUCAGUUCUUCACAGCAGUUUCUCCACUCAUUAAAGGGGUCAUCUGCA